AUGCUUCAUAGAGCAGCUUCUAGCGUCUCAGACAAACCCAAAAGCAUCAAACCUAAGCGAUCCACCAGUUUCGGAAGAUUUGAUGGAUUCAGGAAUCAUCCAUCCCCAGACCAACUGGAGGAAAACGGAAGCACAGCGCUGACAGAAGGGGAGUCUGGAACAGAGAACUAUGACAAACCAGGGGGCUUGAGUAAGAAGAUGAAAGCCAUUUCAAUGACUAUGCGCAAGAGGAUGUGCAAGAAACACGUCAAAGCCCAUUCUGAGGACGUGGGUGAAGACGUCGACAAAGACCAAGACGGAGAAGUGGAGGGAAACUCCACUGAGGAAAAAAACUCAGACAUAACGAGUAACUCACAAGAAAGUAUCUACAGUGGGCAGAGCUCCUCCAGUAGCUCUGGACAAGUGAGCAGUUCGGACCUGUCUGGUAACAGGGACAGUCUGAGGAUAGAGGAAGAGGUCCCUUACACUGGGCCGUUCUGUGGAAAGGCCAGAGUCCACACAGACUUUGUCCCCAGUCCAUAUGAUACAGACUCUCUCAAACUCAAGGUUGGAGACAUAAUCAACAUCAUAAGCAAGCCACCAAUGGGAAUAUGGACGGGCAUGCUUAACAAUAAAGUGGGAAGUUUCAAAUUCAUUUAUGUUGAUGUUCUAGUGGAGAAACAGGAGGAGGAGGAGGAGAAGGAGGAGGUCCCUAAGAUUCGACCUCAGACACAUUCCAAAAGGCCGCGACCCAAAACACUGCUGGAGUUACUGGCUCGUCUUCAAUUAGAGGAGUACACCUCUUCAUUACUCCUGAAUGGUUAUCAGACUGUGGAGGACCUGAAGCACCUGGAUGAGAAACACCUGAUUGAACUGAAUGUCACUGAUCCAGAACACAGACGACGACUGCUCGCUGCCACAGAGUCCCUCAAGUAUAUCGGAAGAAAUGACAUAGCACAGACUAAGGACAAUAAAGGCGAGGAAGAGGAGGAUGAGGAAGGAAAUGACUGUCCCAGAGACUCUGGCUGCUUUAUUCCAUCAGAGUGCACAGAGAACGGCAAAGACGACUCAGAGUGUCAUUCCAACACGCCUAAUGCAGUCCCUGUAGUGUAA